ACUUUCUCCCAGCUAUUCAUGAAAACAGCUGAUUUUCCGCACGUAUACUGCGGCUUAUUUUCUUCAGGUAUUUCUGGUGAUGAGAGAAAGGAAAUUAUUGGAUAUCGUGCCGUUAUUGGUUGCUUCGCGUCGUUAUUAUUCUUCAACAUUAAACCGCGCGUCUUUUAUACGAACGCAAGUGUUGAUAAUCGACAUCAACGGUAAAAAUCAUGAACAAAACUGGAAGACUGAUGUUCCGGAUUCAUGUAGCUACCAGUAAUCUUAGAAAUUCGUUACCAAAUAGAACCAGGUUUUUGUACACCUCGAAUACUUCGUUCUCUUACGCUUCGUACUCAAAAGAUUACAGAUCGAAUCAGCAGCCGUCGAUUAGAGCCAGCGAUAGCGAUGCGGUUUUACAGGCCUUAGCCACGGUGCAAACAACAGAAGAACUGUUUGAAAUUGUUAGCAAAUAUCGUCCGCUGUUGAAAAUUGAACACUCGUUAGCAGCUUUCAAGAUAUUGGCUUCUAAGCAGAGGCAGGAGAGCAAAGUUGAUUCGACAAUUGCAAAGAAGGCCGAAUUUCUUGAGCUUUGUAAAGUUCUGUUAAAUGAUAUCAAAUCCUUGAAUGUAAACGACGCUGUAUACAUUUUGAAGACUCUUACAUACAUUGACAUUUUAAACACCAGCUUGAUAUCUCAAUCUCUGCUUCAAGUAAUCAGACAAUCCCUGAAUGAUCUUUCCUUUAAUCGUCUGGUGGAACUUGAAUAUCAAUUGGAGCAUUUCGAGAGCAGUCCAUUGUCAAAUGCUCUUAAGAUCGCGGUGCCAUUAUUGUGUGAAAUUCGACUGCAGAAUAAUAUGUUUGAUAAAGAGGAUAUUGGUGAUUUGACAUACGCGCUUGCAUUUUUACGCAACAAAUCUGAUCAUCAUGAAGUGAUAGAAAAUGUUGUCGGUUGCAUACGCAAAAUACCACAGGACAUGACGAAUUCAUAUGCAAUUAAAAUAUUCACGUAUAUGUGCGAUCUCCGGUAUUUUCCACCUGGAUAUGAAGAACUAGUUCAAAAUGUACAACAAUUUCUCGUAAAGCAUAUGAGCUGCGUUCGGAUUCAUCAUAUUAAAAUUAUUCUCAGCAAAAUGUAUAAACAAGUGGUAUUUCAUGAGAAUAAGAUUUUUUAUAAUGAGGAGCUUAUAGACGCUUGCGGAAGAGCUGUUAUUGCCAGAAAUAUCGAGUUUGAAGAAGGAGUUAGCAUACUCAAAGUAAUGUCCAAUAUGGGCCAUGCACAAAUCCGAUUAAUCGAUUAUCUUGCUGUUGAAUGCUUUCAAAACCCUGAUGUUUUGAUCAAAUGUAGCGAAAUUUCUAUCCAGGCUUUGGUUAUAUCCCUGGCUAUUGCAGAUUACAAGCCUAUCUUUUGGGAGAGAAUGCAAGAAAUCGUAUUAAAGAUUCUGGACAAUAAUCAGUUCAAAUCGUCAGACUUACUUCUGGAUUUUGCCAUUAGUAUGGCAGUAUUCGAUUGCUAUAACUCACAAGUAAUAAAAGAAGUAUUUAGCGAAAAUUUCCUGUCAGCAAAAAUGUUCAAAAAUAAAUCGCAGACGCGUUGGAAUUUAUUACUGUUGUAUCAAAGCAUACAGACACUCUGUUCUACCUCAGUCGGACAAUCUCCACCUGAAUAUCUACUGCAAAUUGCCAUAAGUUACAAUACACCAUCUGUCAAAAAAUCCUCUUUGUUACCUGCUUUACAAAAAGCUAUGGGUGGCUCACAAUUUGUUACAUCUAAUCUAAGGACUAGGCUCGGGCAUUAUAUCGAUCACGUUCUGAUAAUGGGAAAAGAUGGAUACCCAGUUGCGUUGAAUUCGCUACAAGAGGCACAAGAAUACAAACCUGUAACGUACAUAGAAGAACUUCCACUUCCUCCUGAAAGCCAACUCAUCAUGGUGCUCAGUUUGCCUGACCAUGCAUACAGUAUUAAUACUCAUCGCCUAAAAGGACCUUGGAGAUUGCUGCUUAAAACUUUAAAAAAACAUACAGGACACAUGAUUAUUCCCAUAAGUUCACUAAUGUGGGAUAAUCUUAUAGAUCACCAGAAAAUUCCCUAUCUUGUGCAAGCUGUUAGCCUAAAGUGCGACAAAGUAUCGACAUCAACAAACAUUUGAUAAGUAGCGUGACUUUCUAUUAUCAUGUAAUUCUUAUAAAUAACAGAAUCAAAAUAAACUGACGCUAUUAUUGAAUGUAGGUUUCAAAAACUUUGAACUGUUUUCAGAAAUGUAAACGAGAUAAUGAAUUUUUGUCUGCUCGUAAUGAAAGAUUUUAGUUUACUUUUGCUACGUCUAACUGGUUUGCAACAGAAUGAAUUUUCAUCGGAUUUUUAGAGAAUGUAAUAAAAAUCUUUAUGAAUAACAAA